UCUUGUGGCUCAAAGAUACCUCUAAACCGGUAUCUCAAGACAACCUACUAUACCUUAGGUUUUGUAGAGUUCCAUUUGGCGUCAUUUCAUCACCGUUUUUGCUUAAUGCGACUAUUAAGCACCACCUGUCCAACGCAGAAGAUCAGCAAGUCAGACAGAAAGCAAAUGACAUAUAUGUGGAUAACUUUGUUUCGGGUACCGACACUACGGAUGAGGCGAUGAAACUCUACAAAAAUCUAAAAGGAUCUUUUCAAGACAUUUCAAUGUCACUCAGGGAUUGGAGUUCGAAUUCUAGGGAAUUUAUGAAGAAAGUCUCUGAUACAUGUAAAGAAGAUAAAGUAAAGGUACUUGGUUUGGAAUGGGACAUCAAAAAGGAUACUCUCCAGUUGAAACCUAACUUACAAGAAGAAGCUGUCACGAAAAGAGGAAUACUGAAAACUAUUGCAUCAAUCUACGAUCCAUGUGGUUAUGCAGUACCUUAUACCCUAUCAUGUAAACUCUUUUUACAAGAGCUUUGGAAAGCUGGAGUGUCAUGGGACUCACCAUUAUCAAGCGAACUAACGGAAGAAUGGAACAAGAUCCGACAGAACUUAGAAGCCAUUAGGAAGGUGUCGGUGGACAGAUGCUACAUGAAGACACCAGUGGGAAAAGGCUACCAACUACACUGUUUCACCGAUGCCUCUCUACAGGCUUAUGCAGCAUCAGUCUUUUUAGUUUGCGGCUCGGAGAAAAGCUUCAUUAUUGGUAAAUCCCGUCUGAUACCAAUAAAGGAUCAGGAGAGUCUCAAGAUACCCCGUCUUGAACUUUUAGGAGUACUGAUUGGCAGUAGACUGAUAAAGUUUGUUCUUAAGUUUCUCCAGCAGAAGAUAGUAAGGCAAGUCUUAUGGACCGACAGCCAGAUCGUCAUAGAAUGGUGCAAAUCUGACAAGCUAUUGCCACCCUUCGUUGCCAGGCGGAUAGAAGAGAUCAAAACAAAUAAAGAUCUGGAGAUCAGAUACCUUCCAUCAGACCUAAAUCCAGCUGACGUCGGCACCAGACCCACCUGUUCAAGAGAGGACAGGGAGAAAUGGCUGAGUGGUCCACAAUUUAUAGUUCAAGAUCCGAAGACGUGGCCAACAACUUCUGGCGGUGGACCAACCAGUUCUCUCUUGAUUGGGGAGGGUCUUGGGAUCCAAGAAGACGAAGAACUGAUGGAAAUAGUUGAUCCAGACAUACACAAUGUUAGUCCGAUGGAAACGGAGGAGAGUACAACUACAAAGGAAGUAGCGAGUCAAGACAAUGAUCAGAUGCCGGAUCAGUUACUAAAUUUGAAAGAAAUUCAAGCUGAAUACUUUCCUCUAGAGGUAGAAGGAAAGGUAACUAGUCUAAGUUUGAAUUUAGGCGUAUUUAAAGACAUAGAUGAGUUACUGAGGUGUAAAGGUCGUAUGAAACACGCAGACUGGUCAUUUGAUAAACGCUACCCUAUACUUAUACCGAAAGAUUCAGAUUUCACCAACGAAAUUAUAAUGAAGACUCAUCAAGAAAAUAAGCAUGUUGGAGUAAGUCACACGCUAGACAAGAUAAGGGAAACUUACUGGAUACCACAAGGAAGAAGCCAAGUUCAGAAGAUUUUGAGGAAGUGCUCCGAAUGUAUGAAGCAUGACGGAGGGCCAUAUAAACUACCGGAAACUCCUGCGUUACCAAAAGAGAGGGUCAAUUAUAGCUCUCCAUUCACAUACGUUGGUACCGACUAUCUGGGACCACUUCUAGUUAACAAUGGGAAUGGCAAUUGUAAAAGGUGGAUUAGCCUCUACACAUGCUUAGCCGUAAGAGCCAUUCACUUAGAAGUUGUAAAGGACUUAACUGCGGAAGAAGGUUUAAUGGCCUUACGUAGAAUGAUUUCAGCAAGAGGUGUACCUACCUUAAUAACGUCUGAUAAUGCGGCUCACUACAAGUUACUCUCAGAGAUUCUUCAGAACCCAUACUGCGUAGAGAAAGAGAUAAAAUGGAAAUUUAUACCACAAUUAGCACCAUGGCAUGGAGGAUUCUAUGAGAGAUUAGUUGGUUUAGUUAAAAACUGUAUGAAGAAAACAUUACAGAAACAUUUGUUGAAUGACACCCAGCUAGUAACAGCGGUGAAAGAAAUAGAAGCAGUUCUUAACACAAGACCCUUAACUUACGUAGAUUCAGAGCCGGAUCAUGUACUAAAACCUUCAGACUUUCUUACCAUGGGAAAGUGUAUCAUUAUGGAAACUUCAGAUAAGGAUCCUACAACGUCGCAAGGGACGGUGACUAAGGACCACUUAAUUAAAGGUUGGAAGAAAGCACGGAUAAUUCUACGAGAAUUUAAAGAGAUGUUUGAGAACCGGUAUCUCCUAAAUUUGAGAGAAAGAUAUUCCCACCAUCCUAAAGAACCUAGAGUAACAUCAAAGUUAGCACCUAAGAUAGGUCAAAUCGUGCAGAUUAAAGGUGACACGAAGAGCAGGAUAAAUUGGAAAGUUGGGAAAAUAGUAUCUUUAAAGGAAGGCGCCGACGGUUUAUGUAGGGUCGCCAAGGUACGAGUAGGAGAUACAGAGUAUACAAGAUCUAUCGCGCAUCUCUACCCGCUAGAGAUCGAAGAUGGAGAAGAGCAGUGCAAACAAACAUCAUCUUAUGACGAAAGUGUUGAAGAACCGGUGCAGCUUCCUGAUCUUCCACGUCCAUCAGGCAAGGAUGACCAGACAGUGGAAUCCCUCAACGACGUUGCUGAGACUUCAUCUGAGCAGAGAUUCACUCAUGAAGUUAGAGAUCAGCAAGAAGAAGUACAGCCUCAUGCCUCGCCAGUAGAGGGAAAGUGUUCCUCUAAACAAGCGGUUGAGUUUAUGUCUAGUGAGUUAAACGAGCCUAAGCCUAAGUCUAUGUCCGAACCAGAGCCACUCGCGGUCGUCGACCUCGAGUUUUACGACCAGAAUGAUCCCGAGUCACACCACCUAGAGGAAGUUACGCCAGAAGGACAACACGAAGAAUCAAGACCUAAGAGAGCGGCAGCUCUCCGAGCCCUUGAGAAGAUCAAGGAAUGGACCAGCAAUUUAGUCGCCGUGCUGCUGCCUGAGGCGGGGUGUGUCGCGACAGGCGCGAAUAUCUAAUGCCACAAUACGAAUUUCCUAGCGGCAACACUGAACAGCGCCCUCGUGGGUGGAACUGUGAUCUCGGUGGUAUACAACUAGCCGCCAUAAGUAAAGCGAAGCAGAUUGAAGCUCCCCUGGCCCAGGAGAAGUGGAUCAGAGAGAGCGAGGACAAAGAAUCCUUCAUAGGAGAUGAAGGUAUGUAUGCUAAGCAUUCUGU